AUGGCCGCAGAGUUCGAGCUUGACCAGCCACCAAAGGGUGACGACGGAAGCUGGGGACUCAUACAUGGGGACUUUUGGACGGGCAAUGUGCUGCUUCCGAAUGCCAAAUGGAAAGAGGACCAUCACCCAGUGCAAGAGCCCAACCAUCUUUUCGUCAUUGACUGGGAGCUGGUUCAGUUCGGCCACCGGGCCAUUGACGUCGGUGGGAUGUUGGCUGACCUGUACGAACGGAAGCAUUUCAAGGAUAACGACGCCAUAGUUCCGGCCAUGGAAGGAUUGGCCGAUGGCUACGGACAAAUCAGUGAUGAGAUGGCUUUUCGGACUGCCAUCCACGCGGGUGUCCACUUAAUCUGCUGGCACAUAAGGCGCAACCCAAAUGUCCCUUUCUCGGAUCCCAUGGAGAAAGUCCUGUCCGCGUUGGCUCUCGGGAGGGACUUCGUUCUGAAAGGAUGGCAAAAGGACAAAAGGUGGUUUGAAAAUACUGUGCUGGCGCCGUUAUUUGCGGCGCGUUAG